AUGUCAUCUAGGCCCAGCUCCGUUUAUGGCUUAGUGCCAAGUCACGAGGAGGGGAAGACACUAAGCCCGAUUAGUCCGAGCCCUAAGCGAGGGCUUUUUCCCACACACGGCGCGUUUGCCCUGUUCGGGUGUCUAUCAUUGGCGUUCUCCUCUCUUCUUCUUUCCCAUCCCCAACUCUCUUCAAGACACCCAGUCCGGUCAACACCACCCGUCGACAUGUCUACCGCCGAGCUCGCCUGCUCUUACGCCGCCCUCAUCCUGGCCGAUGACGGUAUUGAGAUCUCCGCCGACAAGAUCCAGACUCUCAUCUCUGCCGCCAACGUCCAGGAGGUUGAGCCCAUCUGGGCCUCCAUCUUCGCUCGGGCCCUCGAGGGUAAGGACAUCAAGGAUCUCCUGACCAACGUCGGUUCCGCUGGCCCCGCUGCCGCUGCCCCCGCUGGUGGUGCCGCUGCUGCCGCCGCCCCCGCCGAGGCUAAGGCUGAGGAGAAGGAGGAGGACAAGGAGGAGUCCGAUGAGGACAUGGGCUUCGGUCUCUUCGACUAAGCGUCUUAUCUCCAUAUCGAAUUUUAAAACUCGUUUCCUUUUUUCUCUAUUCCUCAACCUCUCUUACCACUGCCGCAUGGCGGCUCCCUCGACGAUUCUCUAUUGUACUCGAUACUCCACGACCCCCACUACGACCUAGAACCCGGGGAAGAAAAAAAAGAAAAUUAGCAAAAGAAUUCAAACGGACACGGACAUUCAUGGAGACUGGGUGCUCAGUGUGCCUCCGCUUCACAAUGUGGACGAGGUAGACUCGAUCGGAUACCGCUGCGAUUCCGAAACUAUUGUUGCUUCCUGGAUUUUAGGGGAAUUGAAGACGUUUGGCACACUUCUUGAUUUGUCCAUGAUCAAAGUUCUGCUUUGAUCUGGCGAGUAGAUGUAUGAUUCGUUUUCUCGCCCUCCACAUGGAUC